AUGGGUGACAACGAGGUGCCGAGGAAGAGACGAUAUGCCCUCGUUGGCACUGGGGGAAGGUCCCGUCUCUUUUACACGAAUAUUGCGAAGAAUUUCACUGAGACGAGUAUCUUGGUUGCCAUUUGCGAUAAUAAUCGUACCCGUCUUGCCUAUGCCAAGUCAAACAUCGACAGUAUUACUGGUGGUCAAAUCGCGACCUAUCAUAGUGAUGACUUUGACUCCAUGAUCAAAGAAACAAAGCCAGACGAGAUUAUUGUGACAUCUAUCGACCGUACACAUCACACCUACAUUGUGAGAGCGUUGGAUUCUGGUUGUGAUGUCAUUACUGAGAAGCCAAUGACCAUCGAUGCUCCACAAUGUAGCGCGAUCUUCUCCGCCGUUGAACGUACCCAGCGAAAGGUGAGGGUGACGUUCAACUACCGAUACGCGCCUCAUAAUACCAAAAUAUUCGAAAUCAUACAGUCAGGAGCUAUCGGCACGGUGACCAGUAUUCAUUUCGAAUGGAUGCUAAAUACCAGUCACGGCGCUGACUAUUUCCGACGCUGGCAUCGUGAUGCGAGAAACAGUGGUGGGCUCUUAGUCCAUAAGUCCACUCAUCACUUUGAUCUAGUCAACUUCUGGCUUCAGUCUCGCCCUAAAACCGUGUAUGCACAAGGCGAUCUCAAAUUUUACGGCAAGAAGAAUGCCGAGGAUCGUGGUGUAAGCAAGUUUUACUCAAGAGCUCACGGCAGUGAAAGUGCGAAAGAUGAUCCGUUUGCUUUACAUCUUGAAGAAAAUGGUAUGCUUAAGGCCCUGUAUCUUGACGCCGAGCAUGAAGAUGGGUACUAUCGUGACCAAAGCGUCUUUGGAGAUGGCAUCAAUAUCGAAGACACAAUGAAUGUGCUUGUUCGAUAUGAGAAUGAUGUUGUUCUCACUUACUCGCUCACGGCCUAUGCUCCAUGGGAAGGAUUUCGCAUUAGUUUCAAUGGAACUGCAGGCAGACUAGAAGCGGAGAUUGUUGAGAGUAGCUAUGUCAAUUCUGGUGGGGAGCAAUCUCUUGAAGGUGCUGCCGAGAGCAUCACCCUUACUCUGCGACAGUUAUUCAAAGAGCCACGUGUCAUAGCUGUUGAAGAAGCCGAAGGAGGCCAUGGAGGUGGUGACAACCUGUUGCUAAAUGAUCUCUUUGGAAUAAGGGAGCCGAAUGAGAAUAUGAGAGCCGCGAGCCACAUUGAUGGCGCAGCUUCGAUCUUGACUGGUCUCGCUGCAAACCGCUCUAUUCGUACGGGACAGGCUGUGCAAGUCAGAGACAUAAUAAAUCUUCCUUGA